AUGACCCCCCAAGAGCACCAAGCCGCAGCCCCGGCGGCAGUCACUGGCGAAUCUAACCUACCGGAACCGUCCAGUUCAACCUCCCACGCCGUCGUGGACGGUCGUAUUGAGCCUUCCAUCCAACAACCAACACGCCGCCGAACUACGAAGCCCGCCGCCGAAUCACGAAGCUCUCUACAUUACCGCCGAGGGACAGAAGGAAACCCGACUGGCGCCACCCUCGACUGUUGCCCCGACUGCUUCGCUCAGCACAGAAGACACCCCUCCUACGUUCAGCAGGGCUUGCUAUACUAUACAACGGCUAGAGGUGGUGUUCGCGAGGCUGGCGGCCAGAGCAAUGGAAGAGCAUCCCUGCGUCGCCGGGCGUCCGUCAAGCAGCAGGCGGCUUCCAGCACCAAUGCGCAGGUUGCCAGCUUCCUUCGGACACUGGAGCAGCUGAGAGACUUGCCUAGCAUACCUGUUCAGGUCAUUUGCAUGAAAGCAGCUGUGCCAGGAGUGUUGACGAGUCGCCUCGAAGACUUUGCAAAGGUUGGGCACUGGCCGAUCGAAAUACAAACCGCCGACAAGACUCGCGAAUAUCAAAGCACGGUACAUACCAGCGGGAUAUGCAACGUCAAGAACGAGCGUGUCGGAAACAAGCCCCAAGAUGACGUGUUCCUGUCGAGCGCGAACCCAGCCAGCCACUUGGCUUGCCUAGAAGACAUCUGGCGGCAGGAAGAGCGGCUUCAUCAAAACAGAAUGGAGGAUAUCCGAUACCGACCGAAUAUCUACGCAAACCGACCGAACGUCUACGCAAACCGACCGAAGCAACGCCGCGACAUGGGGUUCCUCGACAAAUGUCUGAUUCACCCUUUGGAUGGGAACCGACUGGCCAUUCUUUACUCGACGAUCCGUGGACAGCAUCCAUACAUCAUUCUGCUACGAACUCGCCCAUGCUCCCGGGGCAUCGUUCCUCGCACCUUGGGGACUACAGUCCUACCUCCAUCAGCCUACUAUAUCAGGGGAGGAAAAUCCGCGUCUGCAGCUUUCCAAGUGCCCGAGCUUCGUUUGAGGCCAGGGCGAGUGGUCAUGAAAGCCUUAAUUAAUAGCACAUUGGUGUGUAAUUCGGCUAGGUGA